CGCCGCCCAGCCGUCAUUUCUGACAGGUGACAUUCAAAUGACGUUUCACUAACCUCACACCACUGGAAACUUAUUUUUUUAUUUUCCAAAAUAUGGGCAAUGACCAUUCACAUUUGGGCGGCGUAGAAAUAGAGGAAAAAUCAGUCGAAGUUUCUGACUUCUGGUCCCACCAUUCUGCUACCAUAAUCAAUUCAGAAAACACAACGAAUCUCUCGGUACUUACAGGUGAAUUAUUCGUUGAUGGGGCACUAUGGAAAACGCACACACCUUUAGAGAAAAAUAGCAAGCAUUUAAUGAUUUAUCGCCACCCUUGCAUUUUAAGAUACAUAUCAUCAUGGCAAAAGAGUUCCAAAUAUUAUUUAGCGGUGGAGGAAGUUGUGCCAUUAAGCCACGUUCUGGCGACACAAAACACUCUACAAAUUUGCAUCGGGUUACAUUCCAUACUGAAGGCUUUGUGUUUUUUGCACGAGAAAGCCUCAAUUUCGCAUAAUAAUAUCUGCACUGCGGCGAUUUACACAAGCAAAGAGGGAAGUUGGAAGUUGGGGGGCAUGGAAUACGCUUGUAAAUUCAACGAACUAAAUUCCAAUUUUCUGAAAAAGUCGCGAAACAGUCGCUAUAACAAAGCUAUUGACCCCAAUGAAGAGAAACACAUACAGGGCCCAAGACGGGAUUUUAUUGACAUUUUCGCAUUUGGAGUUCUAGUUUGUGAAGUUUUGAAAUCAAAGCCGGAGGACGAUAUCCCCGGCCUGACAAGUUUUAAAGAAUUGUGCAAAAACGAUUUGCAAAACAUCGAAGUGGAGUCAAGACCCAAACUCAAUUCUCUCCUCCAACACGAAUUUUUCAACCACGAAUUUAUUGUCAUACAUUCGUUUUUAGUCGAAUUACCGUUAAAAUCAGAUGAGGAGAAAACGCAGUUUUUUCAUAGUCUCGCUGAGCGGCUCAGGGCCUUCCCCGAGGUUAUUAUAGCCAACCAAUUGGGUAACUUGUUACUCUCCAGAUUAGUUCUUUUGAACAAAACGGCACAAGAGGACUUGUUACCAUUUAUUUUACGUCUCAAGAGUGGUAACUCUUACACUAUGUUUUUUAUUUAUUUUUUAUUCCUACUUGUAGGUGAUGAUAACACCGAAAAUAUUUUCACCGAAGACGUAUUUAGGAAGUUUUUGACCCCAAAACUACUGGAAAUUUUCGGCGUUCGAGACGCCCAAAUCCGCCUCUUGCUACUAAACAAUUUCAAACAUUUUGUUCAAACUUUUACGAAGGAGGAACUACAAGCGUGCAUUUUACCCGAGCUUUUGGUCGGUGUUAAAGACACGAACGACCACCUAGUCUCCGUAACCUUGCGCACCCUCGCCGACUUGGUCCCCAUUUUGGGGGCCGCGACUGUGAUUGGUGGUCGCAGAGGUAAACUUUUCACCGAUGGCCGGCCUGUGGCCCACUCCAAUCGCCGGUCACGUCGAAAUUCGAAAAAAACCGAGUCGGGGCUUCCCCCAGACACCAAUCCGAUAAUUGAAACGAAUCAAGUCAUUAUGGAGCUCCCUGAGCGGCCGAGGCCUGAUGGAGAGGAAGGGGAGACCUCCACGGAGGAGGCGGAGCAAUCCGUGGAGGAGGAUUUGGAUAAUUGGGAGGAUUGGGGGGAAUCCCACCCCCAGGAGAGGGUUGAAUUAGUUGAAUCGAAUUCGAGUGAGUCGGUAAUGUCGGUUUUUGAAACACAGAAUGUGGCGCAGAAAAAAUUGCCCGAUAUUUUGGAAUUGGAUAUUAAGAAUCAAACGAAUUCGGGGGGAAAUGACGAUUUUGAUUUUUUCCAAGACAUGGAACCUGUGAUUGAGACUUCGGCGAAAUUUGUAGUUGAAGAGAGUGUUAGUAAAUUAAAGUUGGGGGUGAACGAAGAUGGGAAUGACGACGGGUGGGUCGACGAAGACUGGUAGUGGGGUUGUUUUAAUUAUGUUCAAUGUUAUGUAAAUAAACGUACUUUUAAAUUGUU